ACGGGGGCGCGUAAGCUUUCUGCCGACCCUUUCUGCUUCGCUCAACUUUAGCAUAUAAUGUAACUCGAAAAAGGCAUGUGUAAUUUCAAUUCCAAUACACGCAAACUCAAGUAUGCAGCAGCAGCAGCAGCAGCGCAACUGGAAAUAUGGAUGUGAAUUCGUUUUUUUAUGUUUGUUUGUUUGUUUGUUUGUUCUGUGCAAAACUUACUGUAAUGAUUAAACAUAUUCUCGUUAGUGUAGUAAAAAGAAAAAGCGAAGAGGAAAAGGUGGUUGAGGCCACAGAGGAACCACAACGCAAUGUAACGAGGGAUGAGAGAGUGUGUGUGUGUGUGUGCGUGUGAAUAAGUAUCUGAUUAAAGCGAUGGAUGCAAGGGGUCGGUGUGAAUGUGGUAUUGAAACUCACCUACACAAUCGUUACAUUGCGUUGCACACGGCCAACCACCAGCGGUGAAGGGCGAUGCAAAACGCACAGAACAGUUUGAGAGAGAUAGACAGAGAGAGAGAGAGAGAGAGAGUGAGAGAGAAAGAGAGAGGGUUUAUAGGGAAAUGCAGGCGGUAGAGAGGCGGAAGUAGACAACAAACCUGAUCCGGUAGACGGAAAAAAGGAAGCGGCAAUAAUAGCAGACACACAGGCUCGAAACGUACGUUUGCCUUGUUUGCUCCCCUGUUGGGCUUUCUCACCCACCCUCCAUCCCGGGCAGCAGUGGGCGAAAAGGGUGGCGGGCUGCCCAAGAGGGGGUUACUACGAUUAAGUUAAACUCAUAGCGUGUAAGUUGGGAGAUAAGAUGCGCAAAUCGCGAGCGAUCGGAGGCGGCGGGGAAGAGGAGAGGUUAGCUGUAAGGAGACCAGCCUGGGGAUGCUGAUGCGGGCGCGGAUUCAGUGAGCGGAGGUGUAGCUGUGUGGGGGGCGUCCUGCUUCAGUAAUGAAAGUAAUGAAGCGGCUGCGAAGGUGAGCGAAACAAAGAUGUAUAACCAUCUCGACCACACACACACACACACACGCCUUCGAUUACAAAGCGCAUGCAAGAAGGGGGGGGGUUGGUGUGCGUUGUGUGUAUACUUUUUUUUUCGCAAAAUGGUUGAGUUUUUUUUUUGGUGUACACAAACACAGAGCCACAUGUUACAGGCUCGGACUGCAGCUGUAUCGGGAUUGCAUCCCAGUUAACACCACGGUACAGAUCAGUCAAUUGAUGGCGAAAGGCUAAGAGAGAUAAAGGGGGAGAGAGAGAAGAGAGCGAGAGAGUAGUAGUAGUAGGAGAGAAAGAGAGGCAGGAAGUGAACAAAAAAAAAAACAACAACAACCACUAGGAAAACAUGAGUAUAAUCGGGGUUUUUCGUGCAAUCAACAUUAUUUUUCGUCGGUGUUGGAUUAAUUUAGUGUAUAGUUUGACAGUAGGCAGCGGCGGCGACAGCGCAGCGACAACAGCAUAAAAAAAGAGCAAAAAAAAAAGGCAAAAAACAGAAAACCGGAACAGCGCCGCUGUGUUAAUCAUUUACUAAUUAAGCCGAUUUAUUAAGUAAAAACGACACAUACGCACACACGCACACACACACAUAGGGGAAGGAGUAAUGUGUGGGUGGGUGUGGGUGGUGGGAGGAGGAUUGCGCGCGGUGCAAAACCAAUGUGUUAGCAGGAGAGAGGGAGGUGCAGGUCCAAAGAGUGGGGGUGGUUGGGAGUUGGACCCGCCGGACCCUCCCCCCCCCCCACUAUGAUUGAGUAGCACACAUCCUUUGCAUGAACAGGAGGGAGAGGAGCGAGAGAGAGAAAGAGUACCUCAAAGCGCAAUUAAACACACACACACACAUACACGUAAAUGCAUUUAUCUCUUUCUCGCUCUCUCGCUCUCUUUUGCUGUCGGAAAAAGGAUGCUGUUGCAGGAAGUGCGGGGCGCACGCACGUGUAUCCUCCCACACAUACACACACACACACACACACACACAUACUCUUAACACAUACACACAUGCACAAACGCUCAGGAACGGAGGGGGGAGAGAAACAGAGAGAGAAGCAGAGAGAGAGAGAGAGAGAGAAGGAGGAGGCAGCAUAAAACAUGCGUAGCUGUAUAUGGCUCUGUUUGUGUCCGUGUGUGCGUGCGUGUAUAUGUGUGUGUGUGUGUGCGUGUGUGUGACUGAACGACGAACACGACGAAUAUCCUAUCUUUUAAGAAGUAAACUAUAUGAUGGAGUACCUUUUUAUCUAGUUUUGUAAGACAAAGCGAACGAUACUAUUUGCUAGGAAAACACGAAUAUUAUAACUAUGGCAAGCAAAAAAAAACAAAAUAACAAGAAACAAACACACCGACACAGAUUGAUAAAAACAAAAAAGCAAAAACAAACAAAAAACAUAAAAACAUACCACCACCAGUACCAGCCGCGAAAUGCAAAAAUAAAAACAAAAAUAAAAAAAAAAACACACACACACACACACUUAAACCGAAUAUUAAAAACUAAUAGCAAUGAAACAACAACUAUCAAAACAGGCGAGGGGGUGGUGGGAGUAAAAGAACAGGGAAAGGCUCACACACAUAGGCGCGCCCCAUCGAAGAGAGGGAAACUGAAGAUGCAAAACAGUGGAACGAGAUGGACACAACUCCGCUUUCCGAGAGCUUCCGAGGGCAAGAAACUAUCCUUCGUUCGUUAAAAAAAAAUGCUUGCAACAACUUUUUUUCUUUCUAUAAUUUAUUAUAAACUUCCCAACAAUUGCACCAUGAAAUGUCUCCAUUCCUCUUCGCUGUGCAAGCAGUCUCUCUUUUUGUCGUUGUUUGUUUGUUUGUGCAGGCAUUGCCAAUUCAUGUUGCAUUUAUGUAGAAAGGUAAAAAUGUGAAGAAGAGGAAGAAGAAAAAAAACAAAGAUGAGCGAUGGAUGGAAAUUGUGCAAGAAGGCGGCGAUAGUGUAGUGUGUGUAUGUGUGUGUGUGUGUGUGUGUCGGGCGAACGAGAAUAAAUAGAAAUGCCUCACAAAAACAGGAAACAAAAACAAAAAGAGCGAUUCGAGAGUAUGUGUGUGAGUGGCUUCCAAACCAUGAGGUAGUACACACUACUACACCCCGACCCGACCCACUUCCCACUUCGGUUAGCAGCGAAAUAGAUAUGGAACAAUGUGGAAAUAAACAAUCAAUUAUAUGUGUUAAAAAUCUUA